GCAACACUGGUUAUUGGUGAUUCUUUAUAUCUGGUGCAAAGCGAACGUCAAAUCUGAAGUUUUUAUUUUCAAGUUAAGUUUUUCGAAGCAUAACUUUAUAAAAAACUUAACUAAAAUGGUCCUGGAAAGUACUAUGAUAUGCGUCGAUAAUAGUGAUUUUAUGAGAAAUGGAGACUUUCUGCCUACAAGACUACAAGCCCAACAGGAUGCUGUUAACUUGGUUUGCCAUUCUAAAACCAGAUCCAAUCCUGAAAACAAUGUUGGUUUACUAACAUUAGCCAAUGUGGAAGUAUUAGCUACAUUAACAAGUGAUGUUGGAAGAAUUUUAUCCAAAUUACAUCAAGUUCAACCAAAUGGAGAUAUUAACUUACAUACUGGAAUUAGAAUUGCUCAUUUGGCUUUAAAACAUCGCCAAGGCAAAAACCAUAAAAUGCGUAUUGUUGUAUUUGUUGGAAGCCCUAUUGCUAGUGAGGAGAAGGAAUUGGUGAAGUUGGCUAAAAAAUUGAAAAAAGAGAAAGUAAACGUUGACAUUGUAAGUUUUGGGGAAGACAUGAUAAACUCUGAUGUUCUCACUUCCUUUGUGAAUACACUUAAUGGAAAAGAUGGCAGCAGUAGCCAUUUGGUGACUGUACCACCAGGCCCCCAUCUAUCCGACGCCCUAAUCUCGUCUCCAAUCAUCCAAGGAGAGGAUGGUACCGGCGGUGCUGGAUUGGGCGGAGCUGGUUUCGAAUUUGGAGUCGAUCCCAACGAAGAUCCCGAAUUGGCUCUUGCUCUGCGCGUGUCCAUGGAAGAACAACGUCAACGCCAAGAGGAUGAAGCACGUCGCGCGCAAGAAUCUUCCGGAACCGAGACUGGGGCGGUUAAGGCCGCUCCCGUCAAGGAGGAGCCCACUGAAGAAGCUUUGCUGGAAAAAGCUCUUGCAAUGUCUAUGGAGGAAGGUGCCGAAGCACCAGCUUCAAGGGUUCCAGUAGACUUUGCUAACAUGACUGAGGAUGAACAAAUCGCCUUUGCAAUGCAAAUGUCCAUGCAGGAUGCACCUGGAACAGCUGAUGAAGAGCCAAUGGAAGUAGAAGCUGAUGAAGAUUUCUCAGAGGUAAUGAGCGAUCCGGCAUUUUUGCAAAGCGUUUUAGAAAAUCUACCUGGGGUUGAUCCUCAAUCAGAAGCUGUGCGUCAAGCGGUCGGAAACCUCAAAGAUAAGAAAAAGGAAGAUAAAGAUGGAAAAAAUAAAAAAUAAUCAAUUUGUGAGGACACUUUUUUAUAUUAUUUUCUAGAUUAAAUAAAACACGUUUGCUUAGGUCUUACUGAGUUUAAAAAGAUUUUUCCUCCCUCUUAUGUUGUAUACAAAAGCUACAAAAUCAAUUUAUUUUACAUAACUGUUUGGGAAAACGUACUAGCCCUGACAGUGUUAUGAAUUACUACUUCUGGUUUCUUCUCAUUUUGUAAUUCAUGUUGCUAUAAUAAACUUUAUAAAAUA